AUGAGUGUUCUCGGAGGGGGGAAACCCCCCGACCCCAAUAUUUCGUCCCCUAUUUCUAUUGAUGAUGAAGAUGCAAACAUGGAUUUCACGAACCCCACAGGUAACCUCCCAGAUAAUAAUAAUCCGAACGUAAGUAAAAACAAUGCAGAUUCUAAUUUACAAAAUACACAAAAAGCCAUCAUUACCGAUAAAGAUAAUAAACAAAGGCAAGAAAUUUUGUAUGGGCCGUCUGACCACGGGCCAUUUCACAUAUACGUGGAGAACAACUGCAAGGAUUUUAAAGAAUUGGAUAAUAAAAUAUUAAGUAUUGAUACAAUAGGUAGGAAUAGAAUUAGAAUUAAAAUGAAAGAUUAUAAAAAUGCUAAUUAUCUUAUUAAUAAUAAAAACGUAAAAGUGUUUAUAGAUAAUAAUUUAGAUGUAUAUGUACCCAAGUUUAUUUUGAUGAGACAAGGAGUGAUACGCGAUAUUUCAACUGAAUUUACUGUCGAAUACAUAAAAAAUAAAAUAAGAAGAUUACAAGCUUGUUUAUUUGCAAAUAUAUCAAAUCCAUCUGGAUCGUCUGUUUCUCAAAAGGAAAAUUUACGUCCAGGCAACUGUGAUGUAGACGUAGGACCUUCAUCAGCACUACUUCUACAAUGCAAAAAUCGUGAAUCUUCUCUUCAGUUAGAACCAUUAAAAAAUGUGUUUGAAGACAAUUUUAUUUUUGAUAGCGAUGACAGUAUUUUAGAUCCCGACUUUUUGUCCGAUCCCGAUGAUUUUGAAAUGGAAAUAGAUCAAGUUACUGCCUCUUCACCAAAUUCACCUUUACUCUGUGAUCCACUAAUACCCAUUCCACUACCUUGGAACGAAAAAUCUGCAGUAUCCCUAAAUAAUAUGAGUACAAAGCAAACUGGGCGACCCAAAAACGAUACAGGGGCUAGCGUAAGUGUUAUUUUUAAAAAUAGGAUAUUUAAUAAUAAAGUAGUUGAUGUUUCAAAGAAAUUACGCAUAAAUGGUAUAUCUGGGUCAGUAGUAUCAUCUGGCACAAUGAAUAUUACAUUACAAAUAGAUAAAGUAAAUCUUUGUCUUGAAUUUCAACUUGAACCAGACCUUCAAAUGCACGGUAUCUUAGGCUCAAAUUUCUUUUACGAUUAUUUUGCAAAAAUAGACUAUGAAAAAUUUUUAUUCUGGUUUUCAUAUCAUAAUAACAGACAUGUGAUUCCUAUUCAAACAACACAUCAAAUUAAUUACAUGUCAAUUCCCGCUAGAUGUGAAGUAAUUAAAUAUUGUAAAGUAAAUAUUAACGAAGAUUGUGUUCUACCUAACGAAUUAUGUGAAGGUGUUUUUAUAGCUGGAACGCUUGUUAUGGCAAGACAAAAUUUAUUUCCUGUUAAAAUUUUAAACGUGAGAGACCAGGAAGUUACGCUAAGAAACCUACCUUUUGAAUUACCAGAGCAGAUAAAUUAUUAA